AUGGUACUGCUGUGCGGAGAAAUAACAUCGAAAGCGAAUGUAGAUUAUCAAAGUGUGGUCAGAAAUGCUGUCAAGCAAAUUGGAUUCGACGAUUCAAGCAAGGGAUUUGACUAUAAAACAUGUAACGUUUUGGUGGCAUUGGAGCAACAAGCACCAGAAAUUGCGGCUGGAGUACAUGUUAAUCGUAAAGAUGAGGAUAUUGGCGCCGGAGAUCAGGGCCUUAUGUUCGGUUACGCAACCGAUGAAACCGAAGAAUUAAUGCCGUUAUCGUUGGUUCUAGCACAUAAGCUGCUAGCCCGUUUGCAUGAGCUGAGACGAAGCAAUACUCUGCAGUGGGCUUUACCCGACUCAAAAUCGCAGGUAACAGUUGAAUAUAAAUUCGAUAAAGGUGCAUGUGUACCAUUGCGUGUUCACACAAUCGUAAUGUCGGCACAACACAAGGCAAGUUCAUCACUCGAACAAAUUCGAUCGGACUUAGUCGAGCAUGUCAUUAAGGCAGUGGUACCAGAGCACUUGUUGGACGAACAAACUUUAUACUACUUGAAUCCGUGUGGCAGUUUCAAUAUCGGUGGACCACAAAGUGACGCCGGUUUAACGGGGCGUAAAAUUAUCGUCGAUACGUACGGUGGUUGGGGCGCGCAUGGUGGCGGUGCUUUUUCGGGCAAAGAUCCGACGAAGGUUGACAGAUCGGCGGCAUACGGAGCUCGAUGGGUCGCGAAAUCGUUAGUUGCUGCGAAAGUCUGCCGACGAUGCCUUGUUCAGGUUUCGUAUGCAAUCGGAAUUUCACAACCGCUUUCAAUCAUGGUAAUCAGCUACGGCACAAGUCCGCUAACCGAGGAGGAACUUCUAAUGAUCGUAAAUGAUAACUUUGACUUGCGACCAGGAAUGCUGAUUCGGGAAUUGGGCUUGAGAAAGCCAAUCUUCGCCGCAACAGCGCGUAACGGACAUUUCGGCAAUCCCAAAUUCCCAUGGGAGAAGCCCAAAGAAUUGGUGAUACGCCCAUACCUGCUCGAGAAGAUCAGCCAGGCUUCUUUGCCUAAAGUUGCUCCAACUGCGGAUGCUUGA